CUUCUCCCCUCCCUCCUUCCCUCCUCCUUCCUUCUUCUCUUCCCUCCCUCUUUCCCUUUCCCUUCCUCCUCUAGCAGUUCGUUCUCAUCAACUUUCUGUCCCUGUUCUGAAACAGCUGCACAGAAGCGGAGAGGCGGGCGCGGUGCAGAGGACGGGUGGGACGGCGGAGCCUUUCCCGGCCGGAGCUCGCAGCCCUGGGCCCCGCUGCGCCGGGCCUUGCGCCUCCCCCCGGCCGGGCCUGGUUCGGGGGAGCUAGGCUGCCUGCAGGCCCCCGCGCCCCGCGCCCCUGCUGCGGGGUCCCCGGCGGAGGGCCCUGAGGACAGUCCAACCGGACAGUGCCGGCACACGUGGCUGGCUGAAUGAAUGCCCUGAGUGGUGGGAGCCAGAAAGAGGGCUCUAUGGUUAGAGAGGGGAAUUCACUCUGGGGAAGACAGAAUGGGCUGAACUGGAGCUGACCUACAUGUCAUCCAAAGGACAUACAGUUCUGUCAGGUGGGGAUCAGAGGCUCAAACCCAGGUCCUUGUGCAUUGUAACGUGUCCUCAACCAGGUGCGCCACCACCCUGUCCCUUCUACAAUCAUAUUUGAAGCCACCCAGCAUGCUGUGCCUGCCCGUCGCUGAGGUGCACUGAUCAUGAGCCUCAACUCCUCCCUGGGCUACAGGAAGUUGCUGGGCAACCUCACACAACAGGAGGCAGGGAAGGAAGGCCUAGUGGUCACCCAGUUCAUCGCCAUCGUGGUCAUCACUGUGUCUGUCUGCCUUGGCAAUCUGGUGGUUGUGGUCACCUUGUACCGGAAGUCCUACUUGCUAACCCUCAGCAACAAGUUUGUCUUCAGCCUGACACUGUCCAACCUGCUGCUGUCUGUGCUGGUGCUGCCCUUCGUGGUGACAAGCUCUGUGCGCAAGGAAUGGAUCUUUGGUGUGGUCUGGUGCAAUUUCUCUGCUCUCCUCUACCUGCUCAUCAGCUCAGCCAGCAUGCUCACACUUGGGGUCAUCGCCAUCGACCGCUACUAUGCUGUUCUGUACCCCAUGGUGUACCCCAUGAAGAUCACGGGCAACCGGGCACUGGUGGUGCUGCUGUACGUCUGGGCGCAUGCACUGGUGGGCUGCCUGCCCCCAUUGUUCGGCUGGUCUGCAGUGGAGUUUGAUGAAUCCAAGUGCAUGUGUGUGGCUGCAUGGCACCGGGACCCCGGCUACACAGCCUUCUGGCAGGUCUGGUGUGCCCUGUUGCCCUUUUCGGCCAUGCUGCUGUGCUACAGUGUCAUCUUCCGGGUGGCCCGGGGCAAGGCACGCAGGGUACACUGUGGCCCUGUGGUCCCCUCGCAGGGUGACCCCCGGCCUGGUGGUGGCAGGAAGGACUCCAGCACAUCCACCUCAUCUUCAGGCAGCCGGCGACAUGCACUGCAUGGCAUGGUCUAUUCUGCCAAUCAGUGCAAGGCUCUGGUCACUAUCCUGGUGGUCAUCGGUGCCUUCAUGGUUACCUGGGGUCCUUACUUGGUAGUCAUCACGUCUGAGGCCAUCUGGGGGAAGAACUGCAUGUCUCCUGCCCUGGAGACCUGGGCCACAUGGCUGUCCUUCUCCAGUGCCAUCUGCCACCCCCUCAUCUAUGGGCUCUGGAAUAAGACGGUGCGCAAGGAGCUUCUGGGCAUGUGCUUUGGGGACCGCUACUAUAGGGAGCCGUUUGUGCAACGACAGAGAACAGCCCGGCUCUUCAGCAUCUCCAACCGUAUCACAGACCUGGGCCUGUCCCCGCACCUCACGGCACUCAUGGCAGGGGGACAGCCCCUGGGAAACGGCAGCAGCACUGGGGAUACUGGCUUCAGCUGCUCGCAGGACUCAGGAACAGAUAUGAUGCUGCUGGAAGACUUCUCAUCGGAUGACAAUCCGCUCCCCCACUGCACUUGCCCCCCUAAGAGAAGGAGCUCGGUGACUUUUGAGGAUGAAGUGGAACAAAUCAAAGAUGCUGCCAGGAACUCCAUCCUGCAGGUGAAGGCUGAGGUGCACACAUCCCUGGACAGUUAUGCAGCCAGCCUGGCCAAGGCCAUUGAGACAGAGGCCAAACUCAAGCUGUUUGGGGAGGAGGCCUGGCCCGGGGGCUCAUUGGCUCGGUUGGGCCUGGGUGCCGGGGGCCGUCGAGGCAGCAGGACACCAGCCCAGAGGUUGCAGAGCAUUGCGGAAGGGCCAUCAUAGUUGCAGCAGAUAUGAAGCAGGUGUCCUUAGAGGGAAGCCUGGGUGGGGCCUCCGGAUGGCUGCCAGAAUGACUGAUUCAGUGCGGCUGGUUCAGGCCAGGGAUGGAUGGAGUGUCUGAAGUACAGAGAGAAGGACCUGCUCAGCUGGGGAAGGUGGGAAAGCAGGAACUGGACCCAACUUAGAAGGAGACCACUAUGGGGUGUCUCUUCUUCACCACCUGGUCCUGUGGUCCACACUUAGGGUUCUGAGGCUGUGGGAGAGAGCCCCUUGUUGGUACUUUGAGCCACGUGUAAGAGCACAGACCAUUGGGAUGUCGUCAGCACCACAUGUCCCAGGGAAAGAGAGCAGGGGUAGGGGCAGAGCCAGAGCAAUGCAGGCAGUGAUCUGCCUUGGGGGUGGAGGGGGGGGGCGUUGUGCUGGGGCUGGCCCCCUCCCACCUCCCUACUGAGAAAGAAACCACUACAAAGACAGGAAAUGCAUCCUUUUCAGAAUGGAAGUCCCUCUGUGAGGUCACCAGGGUCUUUCCUGGAUAGGGUAGCUGCACAGUUGUGUGGGGGAACCCCUUUACUACAGGGAGUCUGAUAUGUGACUAAUUGUGGGCACUGCUGACCUCUUGUCUGCAGGGAACAGGGACAAGUCCGUAUCAGCAGUGGGGCUGUGGCCCAACUCCUGGUAGAGUGGCCCAGAGUCAGGGCCUUCAACCUUCACUGUGUCAAGUGGGACAUCUGUCACUCUUUGGGACACCCAGGAAAUGGCAUAAGGAAGUUGGGUCAAGUGGUCACCAAGAUCAUGUGCAACUCUGAUGUUAAUGUCUUGGAAUUAGUAUCCUGGAGAUGGAAGAGAAAGGCUUGUGUACAUGGUUGUGUGUGAAGGCCUAUUCUUGGUGCUGUGAUUUGAGAAGGCACUAGGGGGCAGGGCAGGACCUUUACCCCUGGGCUAGAACACUUUUGGGGAGUCUGGAGCCUGGGCCCCAGGAGCAACCCAUGUCCCCACAUCUGAUCCAGACUUGUUGGCAGCUGCUGGGAUUUCCUGUCAGCUACUCUAGAGAUCUGUUCUUCCAUUCCCUGUGUCCGUCUACCAGAUUCAAUGAUCAUACAGCUCUGUGCAAUGACACAGAAGUGACUGCACCCCAAUCUACGGGCCCAAGGAUACUGAUGCCAACACACAGCCUACAGGUGAUAACUUGAGAACUGGGGGCUCUGGAGGAGUUGACUGUUUUCAGUCAGGGAGAGAGAUUCUGGGAAGUGAGAGCUUGUGCCUAGUAUGGAGGACAUUUGCAGUUAGAACCAAGUUUGCAUGUCUAGCACUACUAGCACACUGCUUCUUCUCAGCAUCACUGGUGGGGGUAGUCCUCAUGUUCCAGCACUGCUAAGCAGGAAUCCAGCAUCUCCCUUCCUGCCUGGGCAGGAAGAUGUGGACGGUGUUGCCAGAGUGAUCAUAUUGGGUGCAAGGGCUCUUGAAACAGGAGUGUAGGGCAGGACAGACAGGAAAGAGGAAAAUGAAGAUGGAGAGGAAAGGCUGUUAGCAUCAGAACUCAAGGCCUUAAGGAACAGAAAACAGCAUCUCUUUUCCUGCUAUUGAAGACACUGCCCAGGAACCUGAUUGGGCAGCCAUAGCCAUUUCACCUUUACAGCUGGAAGGAUGUAUUCCCUGGUACGUGCCUGGGCAGCCAAGAUAGUGCUCUCUUGGAAACAGAGUGACAGCUCCUGAAUUCAAUCUAAGCUUUCAAGUAAGUCCCUUGCAAGGGGAAAAAAGAGUGUGGGUAGUUCAGAAAAGGGAGGUAAAGCACAGGGUUGCACUGUUUGGACCACAUGUUGUAUAGUUAUAAGAAGGGCAGGGGAUGGCACCCAGGAUCCAGCGAGACAAGUGAAAGAAACUAUCCAUGGCCUCUGAGUAGAGCCAGUUCUGGGCUGUGAGGGAGAAGCCAACUUUACAGUUACAAGCCACGUUACUAAAUAGGAGGAGGCUUGGGGGCUAGGACCAUCUAUGCCAAACCCAUUAGAUUCACUGGGAAAAACAAAGCACAGACUCAACUCAGCUCAAGUUUCCCAGAAGCACAGUGGUUACUGUUAGGAGGACAUAGCACAAAGAUGAAUGCAUCUCCCUAAGGAAGCACUUCCUUUAGUGUCUGAGGGCUAGAGAGGGAAGGGGGCUGUCUUUCCUCCUCCCACCAUUUUCAAGGUUCACAGGUCAUAGCCCUAGCCCUUUCAGGUGCACCACACACUGCGGCACAUGGGAAGUGGCUGCCUAGAAAGGAUCAGGUGGGGUGGAGGUGUGGUGGAAGCACAAUCCUACACAGGGUUCUGACCAUGGGCCUCUGGAUGCAGAAGUGGUAAAGAAAUAACCUCCAACCUGAAAUGCAUUUCACUGGGUGUGCUUGGAUUUUUUAAAAAGAAAAUGUUUAGGACCAUUGUAACUCAAUAUUUAUAAGUGCAUACAAGUAUAUUUAGAAGAGUUCUGUUUAUCUGAUUAAAUGUUUUGUAUGUGUAUA